AUGAAAAAAAAAGCUGGACUUAUCGGUAAAGCCGCCUUUUUCUCGCCAAAGUACAAAAAAUCGUGACUACAUUCGUGAUCGUAGCACAACUCUUUUGACAACAAAAACCUAUCCUCUCGUCCCGCAAGCGUGUGAGAAAUGAGAAAGGAUGGUGCAGACUCCUGGAGGGAUUGAUAUAGAAGCACAUCAAGAUUCGGCUGCUUUGAUAGACCGCGACACCGAUUUCAAAGAUUUAGGAUUGGCAGACGUUUUGGUAGAUGCCUGCAAAAGCCUAGGGUGGGUGCAUCCUACACAGAUACAAAAGAAAACGAUCCCGUUAGGCCUCAAAAAAAAGGACGUAGUCGCUCUGGCUCAAACAGGAUCCGGGAAGACGGCUGCCUUCGCACUACCCAUCCUCCAAGCACUGCUGAAAGAGACCCUGCCUUUGUUCGCGGUCGUAUUAGCGCCCACAAGAGAAUUGGCGUUCCAGAUCUCCGAUCAGUUCAGAGCGAUCGGCUCUCAACUGGGAGUCGUCGUUGCUACCAUCGUCGGCGGUGUAGACCACAUGUCGCAGGCUAUUUUUCUGGCGAAGAAGCCCCACAUUGUGGUGGGAACGCCAGGAAGAAUUUUGGACCACCUGCAAAAUACUAAGGGGUUUUCACUGUCGAAGGCACGAUUUUUGGUUUUAGACGAAGCAGACCGUUUGCUUAAUUUAGAGUUCGAGAGCGCCGUUGAUAAAAUUCUCGAGCAUUUACCUAAAAAUAGGGUUUCGUUUUUGUUUUCUGCUACGAUGACGUCGAAGGUGAGCAAGUUGAAGCGCGCCAGCCUUCGAAACCCCGUCAAGGUGGAGGUGGAUGCAAAGUACAGAACGGUUGACACUUUGGUUCAAAACUAUUUGUUUGUGCCGGAGAUUUACAAGGACUGCUAUCUCUAUCACUUGUUGAUACAAUUUUCUGGAAAUAGCACGAUAGUGUUUACGAGCAAAUGCGUAAGUGGUCAAAAAUUGGCGCUCGUUUUGCGUCACUUGAAUUUCAAGGCGAUUCCCCUGCACGGAAAGUUAUCACAAAGCAAGCGCCUCGAUGCACUGAAUCGGUUCAAGUCCGGGGAGAGUUUGGUUCUUGUGGCGACCGACGUGGCGAGUCGAGGGCUGCACAUUCCGGACGUGGAUUUGGUGAUCAAUUACGACAUUCCGGACUCCGCGAAGGGAUACAUUCACCGAGUCGGGCGCACGGCGCGCGCCGGAAAGGGUGGGAGAGCGUUGAAUUUGGUAACGCAGUACGACGUGGAAUAUUUUCAAAAGAUAGAACAAUAUAUUGGGGAAAAAAUGCGGUUGUAUCCAACAGAAGAGGAGGUCGUCCUGGCAUCCGCGGAGAGGGUGGCCGAGGCGCAAAGGGCGGCCGCGGUCGAGAUUCGAGAAUUCUCGACGAAAAAGAGGAAGAGAGAUGAAUAGCGUAGAGAAAUGUAAAAAGGGGUAGAAGGAUGUUGCGCGUGGGUUUGGGGUGCAUGUACAGAUCGAAGCAGAUGGCGAGCGCGCGUGCUGGACAGAAGUACCGCUUGCAGCUGGGAAGGGGUCGAAGCGGGAACGAGGACACGGUGCUUCACGACCUUCACGACUACCAUUUUGUGGACGGGAGUUGUCCUCCGGAGACGGGAGCGCAGAGGAGGACGCGUCUGAGGAGGGCGAGGAACGACCAGAGGAUUCAGAGGUUGGUUGACGAGAUGGUCCAGCUGCACGAGAAGUGGGCGAGGAUGGAGGAGGGCGGCAAGAAGGGGAUGGAGAGAGUGGCGAAGAAGAAAGGGUAAGGGUGUGAAAAAAAAAAAAAUAAAAUUGGG